CUAUUUUCAGAUAAAAUAUAAAAUAUGGCGAGUCAGACCCAGGGGAUUCAACAACUGUUGGGAGCUGAGAAGCGUUCUGCAGACAAGGUAAAUGAAGCAAGGAAAAGGAAGAAUAGAAGAUUAAAGCAGGCUAAGGAGGAGGCUCAACUAGAGAUUGAGAAAUAUAAACAAGAAAGAGAAAAGGCAUUCAGGGAAAAUGAGGCUAAACAUCAUGGAUCUAAGGAGGACAUUGCUUUGAGGAUAGAGGCAGAUACUAAGGUUAAAAUAGAGGCCAUGAAUAGAAGUGUCGCAGCAAAUAAAGAUAAGGUGAUUGAGUCAUUGAUUGGUCUGGUAGUUGAUAUCCAGCCUAAAGUUCACAAAAACUAUAGAACUGCCUAGAACUGCUCCAGCGAAGUAAAACUUAGUCUGACAAAACAUAUUAAUUACAUUGUGAUAAAUUUACUUGUUCAUCAAUGGAAUCAUGACAUUUAUUUAUGGCUUAGAGGUGCGAAUGCGUUUUUUUUAACUACAAAACUGUGUUGCUAUUUAAACUGUCCUUUGUUUGAAACCGGUUUUUGUCAGAAUAAGAUCGGAGGUGAGAACUUAUGUAUUAUAAAUCUCAGGAUCAAGCAUUGAUCUCCAUGUUAGGCUGAUUUAUGGAUUAAUUUAAUUCCUCUUCGAUAUCACGUGAUGGUCAUACCCUUACAGGAUAAUUUCAAUUAAGGGAUCAAGCAUUUAAAAAUGCCAUCAUUGGAUAUCGAGAUCAAGUGUUUCAAUUUAACAUUAUCCACACAAUAGUUCCGAUCUCUGCUCCCAUUAUGUCUCAUAGUCUUAUUUGAAAGCUAGAUAAUAAGACGAACACAGCCGAACAUUAAUGUAAAUUCAACUAAGAGAUGAGACGUGCAUUGGAUAUCGAGAUCAAGUGUUUCAAUUUAACAUUAUCCACACAAUAGUUCCGAUCUCUGCUCUCAUUAUGUCUCAUAGUCUUAUUUGAAAGCUAGACAAUAAGACGAACACAGCCGAACAUUAAUGUAAAUUCAACUAGGAGAUGAGACGUGCAGAGAAUUUUGUCCUUAUAAAUCUGACUCAAUGUGAUUUAAUUUUGACAAGAACUGGGAUCGGGUUGUAGAUUGUACUUUUCCAGA